AUGGCUCUGCGCACCGAAACAAUCCAAGCCCUGCGGCGCUUCGCGUCCUGCGACAUCGGCGACGCCCUCGUCAAACUCGGCGUCCCGAACGGGGGCUACCUCUCGGGCCUCAAGAUGUUCUCCCCGGGGCUGAUGUGCACGAGCACCAAGAUCUUCGGCCCGGCCUACACGGUACGCAUGGUCCGCGACUCGGACAAGGCCUCCCCAACGCCCCCGAAGCACUUCGCCGACGCCAUCCCCAAGGGCAGCGUGGUGUUCGUCUCCCAGCCGAAGGGGCUGGUCAGCGCCUGCUGGGGCGGGCUGAUGAGCACGCGGGCGCAGCAGCUCGGGGCCGCCGGCGUGGUGAUCGACGGGCGGUUCCGCGACGUGGCCGAGCACCGCCAGCUCGGCGUGGGCUUGUUCGCCCGCGAUGUGAGUAUCCUCGGGUCGGCGAGUUUCACGCGCUCGUCCGAGUUGAAUGUGCCCGUCACGUAUGCGGAGGGCAGUGCUGGGGAGAGUGUGGUUAUCCAGCCCGGGGAUUAUAUUGUCGGGGAUGCGGAUGGGGUGGUGGCGGUGCCCGUCGGGAAGAUCGAGCGGUGUGUGGAGUUGUGUCAGGAGCGGUUUGAGAUUGAUGAGGAGACGAGGAGAUGUUUGGAGCAAGGGGAGGAGAUGGGAGCUACGAUUAAGCGGUUGCGGAAGUGA